AUGAUCGUACUCGCAUUCAGCACUGGAAGCCGGUUGGAUUUCGUGUCUCAGUCCAGGGUGUUUUUCUUGCAAACCUUCCUUUGGAUUUUAUGUGCUACAGUGUGCAAAGCGGAGCAGUAUUUCAAUGUGGAGGUAUGGUUACAAAAGUAUGGCUACCUUCCACCAACUGACCCCCGAAUGUCGGUGUUGCGCUCUGCAGAAACCAUGCAAUCAGCUAUAGCUGCCAUGCAGCAGUUCUAUGGCAUUAAUAUGACAGGAAAAGUGGACAGGAACACAAUUGACUGGAUGAAGAAGCCUCGGUGUGGUGUGCCUGACCAAACAAGAGGUAGCUCCAAAUUUAACAUUCGUCGGAAACGCUACGCGUUAACAGGACAGAAAUGGCAACACAAACAUAUCACUUACAGCAUAAAGAACGUCACUCCAAAAGUAGGGGAUGCUGAAACUCGUAAAGCCAUUCGCCGUGCCUUCGAUGUGUGGCAGAAUGUAACUCCUCUAACAUUUGAAGAAGUUCCUUAUAUUGAAUUAGAAAAUGGCAAGAGGGACGUGGAUAUUACAAUCAUUUUUGCAUCAGGUUUUCAUGGAGACAGUUCUCCCUUUGAUGGGGAAGGAGGAUUUUUGGCUCAUGCAUAUUUCCCUGGGCCAGGAAUUGGGGGAGACACUCAUUUUGACUCAGAUGAGCCAUGGACUUUGGGAAAUCCCAAUCAUGAUGGAAAUGAUUUGUUUCUAGUUGCAGUGCAUGAACUGGGACAUGCUCUGGGCUUGGAGCACUCUAAUGAUCCCACUGCAAUCAUGGCUCCAUUUUACCAGUAUAUGGAAACUGACAACUUCAAACUACCUAAUGAUGAUUUACAGGGCAUCCAGAAGAUAUACGGUCCACCUGACAGGAUCCCACCACCAACAAGACCUCUGCCAACAGUGCCCCCACAUCGUUCAAUCCCUCCAGCAGACCCGCGGAAGAAUGACAGGCAACCUAAACCUCCCCGGCCACCCACUGGUGACAAACCUUCCUAUCCUGGAGCCAAGCCUAACAUCUGUGAUGGGAACUUCAACACUCUAGCUAUUCUUCGCCGGGAAAUGUUUGUUUUCAAGGAUCAGUGGUUUUGGCGAGUCAGAAACAACAGGGUGAUGGAUGGAUACCCCAUGCAGAUUACCUACUUCUGGAGGGGACUGCCUCCCAGCAUUGAUGCAGUUUAUGAAAACAGUGAGGGGAAUUUUGUCUUCUUUAAAGGUAACAAGUUUUGGGUUUUCAAGGACACUACUCUCCAGCCAGGUUAUCCUCAUGAUUUGAUAACACUUGGAAGCGGAAUUCCUUCCCAUGGCAUUGAUUCAGCAAUUUGGUGGGAAGAUGUUGGGAAAACCUACUUCUUCAAAGGAGAUAGGUACUGGAGGUACAGUGAAGAAAUGAGAUCCAUGGACCCUGGUUAUCCCAAACCAAUCACAAUUUGGAAAGGUAUCCCCGAAUCUCCUCAGGGAGCCUUUGUCCACAAAGAAAAUGGCUUCACAUAUUUCUACAAAGGAAAAGAGUACUGGAAAUUCAAUAACCAGAUGCUCAGGGUGGAACCUGGCUAUCCCAGAUCCAUCCUCAAGGAUUUUAUGGGUUGUGAUGGACCAACAGACCGAGAUAAAGACCGACACAGCCCUCAAGAUGACGUUGAUAUUGUCAUCAAACUGGACAACACAGCCAGCACUGUGAAAGCCAUAGCCAUCGUCAUUCCCUGCAUCCUGGCCUUGUGCCUCCUUGUCUUGGUUUACACUGUGUUCCAGUUCAAAAGGAAAGGAACACCCCGCCACAUACUGUACUGCAAACGCUCUAUGCAAGAGUGGGUGUGA